AACCAACACACAAUGACGAUCGAAAUCGCCAUCAUCGGCAGCGGACUCAUCGGCACACUGCUCGCCCUGGGUCUCCUGCACCGCGACUCCCCGCAUUUCCACAUCCAAGUCUACGAGCAGGCGGCCUGCCAUCGCGAGCUGGGCGCCGGGAUCGGCUUCACGCGGGCGGCGCGUCACUGUAUGAUGCGACUGGACCCGCGGCUGGACGAGUGUCUGCGGCGCGUGGCGACAGACAACGGCGAGCCGGAGGCCCCAGACUACAAUAUGCGGUUUGUCGACGGCUACCACACCUACGUCGGGGGAGACGAAGCAGACGAAGCAGAAGGCAACCAGCCCGUGGGCAUCGAGGGAAAGGUGUACAAGUUGUACGCGGGACCCCGGGGGUUUGAAGGGUGUCAUCGGGCGCAGUUUCUGGCAGAGAUCAUGAAGUUGAUGCCAGAUGGGGUGGUGCAGUUUGGGAAGCGAUUGGAGCGAUACGAAUAUAUGACUUCGGGACGGAUUCAGUUGGUGUUUGAGGACGGAACUGAGAGGGAGGUGGAUUGCGUCAUCGGCUGCGACGGGAUCAAAUCGCGAGUGCGCGAGCUGCUCUUCCCCGAGGGCGAUUAUCGGCCGCGCUAUGCCCACCAACUGGCGUAUCGGGGCCUGAUUCCGAUGGAGCGGGCGAUGGCGCAUUUGGGCCGCCAUCAUCGCCGCCGCCUCCUCCUCCAACACAUGCACUGCGGGCCUCACGCCCACGUCCUGCACUUCCCCGUCGCCCACCAGCAUCUCCUGAAUGUAGUUGCUUUUGUGCCCGACCCGAAGGACUGGGAUGCGUCGGCCUUUACGGACCCUCCCUCUCCAAAUCCAACCCUAACUCCCAAAACCCACCUCCUCACCCACUUCCAAAAUUGGACCCCUUUCGUCCGCACCCUCCUCGCCCUCCUCCCUACCGAAUUAACGCAAUGGCCAAUCUUCGACCUCUACGAGAACCCGCCCCCAACCUACGCCAUCGCCCGCGUCUGUCUCGCGGGGGACGCAGCGCACGCCGCCUCGCCCCACCACGGCGCCGGGGCCGGGGUGGGGGUCGAGGAUGCGCUGGCGUUGGUGACGGCGCUGGAGUGCGCGGAGACGGCGAUCGCCCGUGGGAAGCGCGCCACGACGACCGCGCUGGAGGGGGCGUUGCGGGCGUAUUCCGCGGUGCGGUAUCCGCGGUCGCAGUGGGUGAUGCGGAGUAGUCGGGAGGUGUGUCGGGCGUAUGAGUGGGAGAUGUUUGAGGGGGAAGGGGAGGAAGCCGAGGAGGAUACGGGGAUGAUGGCGCGGGUGAUGGAGGAGAUUCGACGGCGGACGAUGAAGGUGUGGGAGUGCGAUGUGGAGGAGAUGAUUGGAGAGGUGCAGGGGCUGUUUUGGCGGGGGAUGUAGGUUUCUAAGUAGUAUGUAGAUUGAGAUUGAGCAUGAGAUUGAGAGGGUGGGACUAUGUCUGUCAAGGGAUUCAAAAUGUGACAAGUAUGUAGUCAUGAAAUCGAC